UUCUAACUUUGUGAAAUCUAGACGCGGCCAAACAAACAUGGCCGAGUUAUUUUUUGUGUUGCUUGUGGUGUGUUUGCAAAGUUCUUUAGCCGAGCCAGAAAAAUGCGAAAUAAGAGGUGUGGAGGGGGAGUGCGUGCCAUUGCCCGCGUGCGAGCAAUACGUGGCCCUGCUAAAGAACACCUCCUCCACGGCGGAGGGCCUGCAGCUCACCGCGGAGAGGCGGUGCGGCUUGGACGUGAGGAAUGUUAAGGUCUGCUGCCCUGUGGACUCUGUAGUCCAAACACAAUUGUUAAGUUUCAAACAAAUCGAGGAAGACCAGGACCUAUAUGUCGACUCCUUUCCCGGUCACGACGUCUGCGGGAGGAUUCGUUUUCACCAGUAUAUAGAUAAAUACCGUAUUUUGAGCGAAGUCAGAGUCAGAAAGAGAGUCAGAAGAUCAGACAUUUUUUCAGUAUAUAACGGUACACCAGUAAUCUUGCGUGAUAAGUCAUUAUACAUGGCGCUGCUGGGCUACAAAUUGAACACCAACCUGCAGUGGCAGUGCGGUGGAUCGGUGAUUACAGAGAAGCACGUCCUCACGGCUGCACACUGCAUCUCCAGUUCCCUGCAUGUGGUACGGGUUGGUGAGAUCGAUUUGGCUUUCGAGGAGGAAGACGCACAGCCCAUAGAUUUCUACAUCAAGAAGAAAAUACCCCAUGAGCUGUAUUCUAAAUUCCAAAAUGACAUAGCCAUAGUUGUCUUGGAUGGAAGCAUUAACUUCAAGGAGGAACUUCAUGUUGGUCCCAUAUGCCUGCCGUUUGACGCCAAAAAGAAGAUGUUGCCAGAAUAUAAGUUUAAUAAUUAUAAGGGUACGUUUGUGGCUGGUUGGGGCGAAGCACCAGAAAAACCUGAAAGACCUACACAGCUGGCAUAUGCACAUGUGAAUAUCGUUUCUACUGACGAAUGCAAGAGUCUGUACGAGAACUAUUCAAGGACGAUAGACGAUCGUGUCUUCUGCGCUGGUGACUCCGAUUUUAAACACGACUCGUGUAACGGGGACAGCGGAGGGCCGCUGGUUGCUGAAUAUGUGGACGAAUUCGGCUACAAGUUUUACUCCCAGCUCGGGGUCAUCUCCUACGGGUACAGAUGUGGCGAGGGACCCUUCGUUGGUGUGCUCACCAAUGUCACCCACUUCAUGCCCUGGAUACGCCAGAAAGUGCUAGGGGAGAACCUGUAGUGCCUAAAUGAACCUACGCGGAGAA